GAGAAAAGCUUUCUUACAUCAAUGACCAUUUACCAAUUGACCAAAUGAGUAUCUUCGCUCCCUCUGCAACGGCCAUUUCCCGCCAUGUCUUGCCUCCAGCUGGAGGCUCUACCCAUCUACCGUUCCACUCUCUUCUGCCCUAAACCCAAAGCCCUACAUUCCAAGCUCAUCCUCAAUCCCUGCAAAUCUCACCUCCAAUCCGAGCGCGGGCUUCAGUUCGAUGUCGGCGACACCUUUUUCCGUCGCGAGAGCGCCACCGGUCGUGACCUCGGCGUGCUCUCCGCAGCCCUCCGACGGAAUUCAGAGGGCAGUCUCAGAGUUCUGGACGCCAUGUGCGGGUGUGGAAUUCGAUCCCUCCGGUACUUGGAGGAAGCAAACGCAGAUUUCGUGCUCGCGAAUGACGCGAAUGACGCCAUCCGGGACAUAAUUUUGGGGAACCUCUCGCGGGUUUCUAGAGAUUCCAGUGAAAGACGGGAUGUGACGCAUUCAGACGCGACUAGGGUCUUGACAGAGUGUUACUUAAAAAGAGAUUAUUUCGAUUUCAUCGAUGUUGAUUCAUUCGGGAGCGAUUCCAGCUAUCUGCGAGCUGCAGUUGGGGCCGUAAAAUUCGGCGGCAUGUUGUAUGUUACUAACACGGAUGGUUAUUCUUCUGGGGGUAACCGUCCUCGCCGUUGUUUGGCUGCCUAUGGUGCUUAUGUUCAACGAAUGCCAUACUCAAAUGAGAUCGGGCUGCGAAUGUUAAUAGGUGGAGUGAUUAGAGAGGCUUUGACUGCUGGUCAUCACGUUGUUCCCCUUUUUUCAUACUACUCCUACCAUGGACCGGUCUUCCGAGUGCUCUUAAAGAUCAACAAUGGGCUGCCUUCUGAUCAAAGACAUUAUGGCUUCGUCAGCUACUGUGGUCAGUGUGGUGAUUCAAGAGCAUUCCCCUGGGAAGAACUUGGCAAAGUCAGCUGUUCAUGCAUUGCAAAUGUAGGAUUUCACACCUUGAAAGUCAGUGUCUGUUUGGAAUUUAGAUCGAAGUUUUGGGAGGGGUUUAGAGGAAGCCGUUGUGAAGGUUCGGGAACAUUCUCUUGCUGUUUCAGGACCAGUAUGGACAGGGCCUCUCCACAAAGAAUCACAUCUUAGAGAAAUGCUAAACUUAGCCAAUGAAUGGGGAUGGAUAGGCAAUGACACAGGAAGAGAUCUUGAGAAGUUGUUAAAUGUGAUGAUUGAUGAGUGUGACCCCAAUCUGCCAGUGGGUUACACGAAAGUGGAUGAGAUAGCAAGUCGUGCAAAAGUGAAUUCCCCUCCCCUCAAUUCAAUACUGACUUCCCUGCAAAAGAUAUUUAUUAAUGGCUUUCAAGUAUAUCUUCACAGUGUCUUUUGGUGUGCAAGUUUGGACGCGAUGUCACUAUGGGUCAUCCAGAAACAGUCUCUCCCUGCUUUAGUACAGGGGUAAGACUGCGUACAUCCGACCCCCCCUUACCCCACAAGAGGGUAUACUGCUAGUAGAUCACAUAUUGCUUCCAAUGCAAUCAAGACAAAUUGUCGCAUGGGCGAAUGUGUACGAAUUGUGAAGGAACUACAACAGCCUGGAUAAAGAGCAGGUAAUUUAGGGCUUGUCACGCGUUUUCUGUUUGGAUGUUUCUGGAGCAAUACACACACACACACAAUGAACAACAUCCACAUCCUAAAGGUUGCUUGGAGGGAUCCUUUUUAGUGUGUGAUUGGAUUAUAAAGGGAAAAUGUUAAAUCUCAAAUACUUGGAUAAUGGUAGAAAACUAGUAGCCAUAACUGGUUCCUCGCAUUGAAAUGUAACACCACAAUUUUUGUAUUAUGAGUUGAUCCAGUUGACUUUCGCUGACCCAAGCUCUGGCAUGUUAAUCAAUUCUAAAAAUGUAUGCGUUGACACUCCAA